AUGGUGUGCUCUGAGUGGUGGUUGGUGUUGGGUAGCGGGGCGGGGUUGGGUUGUGUAUGGGGGGAUGGGUUGGAGUGGGGGGAGUGGAGUGGUGUGGGUAGUUGGGGGGGGGGGGUGGGGUGGGUGGGGGGUGGGGGUUGGUGGGGGGGGGUGGGGGGUGUAGGGGGUGGGUGGGGGGUGGGUAUGGGGUGGGGGUGGGUGGGAGGAGAUUGGGUGGUGGAGGAGGGUGGUAGUUGUGUGGGAGGUGGGGGGCGGGUUAGGGUGAUGGGGGUGGGUGUGGUAGUGGGGGGGUAUGAUAAUAUGGUGUGGGAGUAUUGGACAGAUUAG